AGAACCAACCUUAAAUUAUUGUCUGCACGUCAAAAUUUUCUGCUAUCCUCCUUGAAAAUGGCGACUCGUUUACUGAGGAUUGGCACCGUUCUGCGGUCUUAUUCGGAUAGAAAGAGCGUUCUCCAGCUUCCGAAGCGAUGGAGAUCAUCGCAAGCUUCCCUCCAAGAAAUUCUUAUAAAUCAGCCAGCAACCAGGGUUACCACUUUAGACAAUGGAAUGAGAGUAGCCAGCGAAGACAGUGGAGCUGCUACUGCUACUGUAGGAAUUUGGAUUGAUGCAGGAAGUCGCUAUGAGACCGAUGAAAAUAAUGGAGUCGCUCACUUCCUCGAGCAUAUGUCAUUCAAAGGAACCGCGAAACGCUCGCAAAUCGACCUUGAAUUAGAAAUCGAAAAUAUGGGAGCUCACUUAAAUGCAUACACCGGCAGGGAACAGACUGUCUACUACGCCAGGUGUUUGUCGCAAGACGUUCCGAAAAUGGUCGAAAUUCUGAGCGACAUAAUUCAGAAUUCGAAAUUGGGCGAGAGCGAAAUAGAGAGGGAACGAGGGGUAAUUCUUAGAGAAAUGCAGGACGUCGAGACGAAUCUCCAGGAGGUCGUAUUUGACCACCUGCACUCAGUUGCCUUCCAAGGCACUCCCUUGGGAAGGACAAUCUUGGGACCAACUAAGAACAUCAAGUCCAUCUCCAGGAAUGACCUCGUUACCUACGUCAGGAAUCAUUACGGUCCUCCAAGGUUUGUGCUUGCGGGAGCUGGAGGUGUCGAGCACCAGCAACUGCAAGAUCUGGCAGAAAAGCAUUUUGGUAAAAUGACUGGUCCCAAGUACGACAAAAUUCCAGACCUUCUGAACAAGUGCCGAUAUACCGGAUCGGAAAUCCGUGUUCGUGACGAUUCCGUUCCUCUCGCACACGUCGCCAUUGCCGUUGAAGGUGUCGGAUGGGCAAAUCCCGACAACAUUCCUCUCAUGGUAGCCAAUACUCUCCUCGGCACCUGGGACCGCAGCCAAGGUGGUGGUGGAAACAAUGCAAGUAAUUUGGCAAGAGCAUCUGCCGAGCAAGGAUUGUGCCACAGCUAUCACAGCUUCAACACCUGUUACAAGGACACCGGACUGUGGGGAAUUUACUUUGUUUGUGAUGCCCUGCAAUGUGAAGAUAUGACAUUUACGUUAUUACAAGAGUGGAUGCGACUUUGCACUUCAGUCACAGAGAAGGAAGUUGCGCGUGCAAAGAACAUUUUAAAGACGAAUAUGCUCUUGCAGUUGGACGGAACUUCCAACAUUUGUGAAGAUAUUGGUAGACAGUUGCUCUGCUACGAACGACGAAUCCCGCUUCACGAACUGGAAGCCAGAAUAGAAAGUGUCACAGCAAAAACUAUCCACGAGGUUGGAAUGAAUUACAUCUACGAUCAUUGCCCAGCGGUGGCUGCCGUUGGUCCAGUCGAAGCUCUGCCCGACUACAACAUGAUCAGCAGUGGAAUGUACUGGUUAAGAGUUUAAAUCUCCUCCUGAAUCAAGAGUCACCAAUGUAUCAUAAUUUUAGCAAAAAACUAACUGCACAAUGGUAAAUUUGUGUCUAAUUCAUGAGGUAAUAUAUAAUUUCGAGUAUCUUCAUGUUUUCGUUAUGAAUCAUGAUUUCACAGCUUUACUAUUGUUCAUGUAAAAUAGAAAAAUCAUACAUAGAACCUGUUCAAAUAAAUUGUAUGGAAAACGCGCAUUCUUUAUUUCUACUCGCACUGAUGUACCAUAUAAGUUAUCCAGCGAAAUUUUUUUUCUUCAUUUUUCACGACUGUUGCAUUCGGCUUUUCGAUUUAAUAAAUUCAACCAAUCCAUAGU